CUGAUUCAACUGCUGCCAAAAAAACGUCUUUGACAGAGACGACUUACCGCAUGGACAGAGGCAUGGGGCGACGAUAAGAGUCCUACAUGCUGCCUGGGGUUCCUUUGACAGCCAGACCGACACUCUUUCUAUAGCCCGAUCAAGGAAUUCAAAGGACCACCAGUUGGGGCACGCCGGGCUUCUACUUUGUGGUCUUUGCCAGUUCAAAUGGAUUCACAACAACAAACCUCGGGAGGCACACCUGCUGGUAAUGCCGCGCCACGCUUUAGUCUUCCUGCCGCCGGCCCUCGUCCAAACAAGAUAGAACGGCGUCUUUCGCCAUUGAACCCGCUUGCAGCAUCUCCCUCCGGACUUGCCCCAACCUCUCACCCGCUCCCUGCAAAGUCUCUGCAUCGUUCAGAGUUUUUAGAUCCGCUUGCUGCUAAUAAAACCGUUGUCGCAUCGCCACCAACCUGCGGAUCGUUUUUGUCUACCUCCGAACCUCCUCCCAUUCCCACUAAAUCGAAGCGUCGGACCUUAUCUAACAUUACAGCAAGCCUGCGAAAGCUAACCAAGAGUUUUUCUGAGAGUGAUGCCCCCGAAAGAGAGACGAAUCCAUCCUCACCUGUGUCACCAGUCCAGUCCAAACCUCUCCCAGUACCCCCCUCAAUGCAAUUGCGAAGGACAAGUCGCUCCUCAGCUACAUCGGAGAACAGUGACACUGACAGCUCAGUUUCACCAAAACCUGUUAGUCCCAGUAGUUCUGGAACCUCUCCGGUUCACAUACCAUCCCGGCCGAGGAAAGGAUCGUUGUUGGAACAUAACGCAUGGGGUGGAAGCCUACCUUCCAUGUCGUCCUCUAGUCCAAACCGGCCUCUCUUAUUCCAACGAUAUGGGUAUGCUAACGACAAUAGCGGGAAUAGUGACAUAGUGACCGAUCCAUGUCCAGCACGAUCUGUAGGCUCAAUAAUGCAACCUCUCUUUCCUCAGGAAGAUGGAGGAUUUGAGGAAGGAGAAUGGGAUGAUCCGACAACAAUGGUUCCGAAACACUUGCUGAUGACCACGGGGUCUCUGCCAGAUCUGCCACGUUGGUCCCGUCAAGCUCUAUUGCAGCACCCUCAGCGAUCUGACUCUUCAGGAUCAUCUAGCGUGGUAUCGCCUCAUGGUCAAAGUGUGCAUGUACUGAGUACUGCCACCAUGGACAGUAAGAAACCCGUUGGAAAAGGCAGGCAUCAAAGUUUUAAUUUCGGGGUCAAGCCCCUUCAUGUCGAAGGUGAAGGGACAGCCUCUACCUCUGUACCGCCAAUGACUGCGGUGGGACGACCCGGUCGUGCACGAGCAAAUUCCGGUGCUCCUAAUCUGGCAUCACUCGAAAGGAACAGGGAAACUGAGGUCCGCUCACAAGGCAGUGAAGUGCGCUCAUCCAGUGUUUUUAGUGCGUCGGACGUGGAUGCUCUCCAUGCGCUAUUGGAUAGAUCGCGACAAGUUAAAAAUUAUCGAUGGAAGACGUCAGAACCCGUUGCCGUAUGGACUUCCUGGACGGAAUACACAACCCAGAGUACAUUCCAUCCAAUCCUUCCGCCGCGCAAAGAAUCGCGAGCAUCCAUGUUUGAUUCACCAUUGCUACAACCCCUCUCUACAGAUGUACGUUCCCCAAGUCCAAUGUUUUCGCUGGACGACGAUGACGCUCCGGAUGAUGAUGGCGCAUCUGUCGGCUCGGGAUCCACAACAACCUCCCGACGCUCUCGCCCAGAGUCUCCAUUCUUUGCUACUGUUCUUGGCAAGAAGAGGUUGAGCCGCUCUGGAAACCCAUUAUCAAUAAAAACUAGUACGCCAGGUCAAAAGCAAUCUUCGGACGUCCGAUCCCCAUCUUCUUCGCCACGAGGAACCGGAGCAGAGUCGCCGAUCGUCAGUAGCAAUACCUCCCAGCAGGCUGCCGAGGGCCCCACAAUGACACGAUCACUCAGCGACGGAGAUUUGUCCGAAUAUCUGAAAGGCUACAGUGAAAUGAAGAACUCGUUGCGAAUAGCGAAAACUACAUGCAAUGCCCAAAUCCAACGCAUUAUUGCCGAAUUGCAUGCUUUCGUGGAAGGAAGUUUGGAGUAUCACGAUCGAGCGCCACCACCACUGUCCUUGAAUCCUUUCGAUAGUGCCAGAGCAAGAGCGGCGUCAACUACGGCGCUGUUUGGACCGGACAAAGAGAAAGGAAAAGGUUCGCUUAUGCACGCACUAUCCGAAGGAAACUUGUCCCAAUCCUCUGGUGAUUGGGAUCGUAAUACGUCAAACGCCCAACUUGACUCACAGACAUCUUGGGCGUCGGAUUUGUCUAUAGCUGCCGAUGAGGAUGCAAAGGAGCCGCCGUUAUUGAAGGCUGUCACUGAACUGAUCGCUAUUGCGCAACAUAUUCUCGAGAUGGAUUUGGCGCAACUCAUGACCCCUGGCGCCUGUCGGGACGCAAUCUCUCGAAUGAUGGCUUUACGGGCGCUCUGGAGCAGGAACCCCGAUUGGGGAUGUGGUGAAUAUGUCAUUCGUAUGUUGAUGGCAUUUGCGGACGUGGCGCGAAUGGUUGAAAGUUUAGAAGAGGAUACGAGAAUGUGGACGUACGUUGCUGCCGGGUCCGUGGCAUCUCAAGGGGGACAGCUGGCAGUGACUCAAUCACAGAUCCAGCCUCGGUCGACAUCCAGACCAGGAUCGGGAAGCCGACACAUGCGCCCCCCGCUUCUUCGACGCGAGUCACUUUCAUCUGGGCUUGGACUCGAAUCGAGUGGUGGCGAGGAAGAGGAUGGAUACCAAUCAUUCACCGACAGUGGAGCAGAAGCUAGUGAUAGCACGAAGGGGUCCUUAAACCGUCGGCCAAGUGGACGGGGAAGAAGUAUCAAACCACCGGCUCCUCUCCAACAUCAAUUUUCACAACCGCAACUGGUGCGACCUCAGGAAAAUUGGACUCUGACUGAACUUCGAGCAGCUGCCGGGGAAGCACAAAGUGUGAACGUGAUGAUGGAACUCGGAUUUGACGGGAGACUGUUGUAUGUAUCUCCUGUGGUGAAAAUGGUUUUCGGAUACGAUGUGGAGGAAAUGGUAAAUGAACUCGAUAACUCUCCUCAAAACGGUACACUCCCCUUUCUUCCCCCCGAAAGCUCAGAUGCGAAUGUUUUCAAAGAGGCCACCGCAAUGCUUCAACAAGAUGAGAAGGCGGCCAUUGAAGUUACAUACCGUGCGCGGCGAAAGGAUGGGCGAUGGCUGGAGAUGGAGGGUAAAGGAAUGGUAAACUUUGACCGCACUACCGGGCAGAAGCGGAGUACGAUUUGGGUUACACGACCUGUGGCCUUACUUGGAGAGGAGUGGGAUGACGUUGCGGAGAGUAGUGAAGAUGGAGAAGAAAGAUUGGGCGGAGAAGAACAUCAGCAGAGUCCCGUCGGGAUUCACAUUGCCAGUAUCGACACUGAUCGUAAUAGCCCCGUAAGAAUUCGAAGUUCACCAGUUUCCUCGCCAUCAGUUACAGUCGAGCCCCCAACUCCGCUCUCCAGUAACAACAUGUUAAAUGCACUUCCGUCUCUUGAUCUGGUUCUCUGCAAUAUAUGCGAGCGCUCAGUGCCAGCGGUUCUUUUCGAAGAACAUACUGAAUCCUGCAGCGAAGUACAUCGGAUUGAAAUGGAUCUGAUGUUGGUGAAUGACGAGUUGCGAGACGCUAAAACCCAGUGCUUGGAGCGAAUCAGAGUACUUGAGCUGGAGAUGACGGGAGAUGGCGAGGAUGAAUGCGAACGGAGACUGUAUGAAGAGUAUGCGAAGCGAUUGCUUGGCAUCACGCAUUCCGUAUUAAACGUGAUCGAGGAUAUCCUUGCAAUUCCCAUACCUGAUGCCGUGGAUGAUGUGUGCGAUGAUCUGGAAGGAGGGGACAGUGGUCAAGAGGAUGGGGAAGAUGACCGCGUGCUGCUGCGAAAUCGAAGUCAUCUUAUGUUGACCUCGCAUGAGUCAAGCUUACGACGGCGUUCAAGCGUCACAUCCCGCAUGCAACAACUUGUGAACUGGAAACCACCGGCAGAGUCUGAAUUCUACCCACCGGAAGUUCCUUCGACGUCCACACUCUCGGCGCUAAAAGCUCUGGACUAUCUUCACACAGACACUAACACUCCACCUGCAAUUGAUACGGCGAUGGUGGGCCUUGGACUGGGUAUUUACCACCUUGCUACUGACGUUGAGUCGCUUGUCAAAUCCAAGUGUGAGGGUUGCGAGAGAAUGAGAAGCGUUGUUGGGCGAUAUAGGGAAUUGGCCGUAGAGGAGGAAGCGAUCAAGGUUGAGAUUGGGGUGCAGACAGGUACCAUCGCCGUUGACGAACGUGAUCCCGGAGGGACAGAAGUUGGUGGAGUGUUUGUGCGCGAAGUUGAGAGUGGAAGUGAUGCGGAUGAGAAAGGGAAGAACAAUAGCCGGAGCACAAAUAAGCGUGCGGAUGGGCGCCCGUCGAGUGGCGCUCGCUCACCUGGAUCUAAACGAAAAGACCGGCGAAAGGGACGUCGAAAAAAAGGCAGCGGAAAGGCCGUGGGUAGCCCUGAAGCGCUGAACAUUGACACCCAUAAGCACGCCCGUAGUGCCAGUCCCCGCCCGAGAAUGGUGGUGAACAAAAAUAAAACGUUGCAAGUCGAGUUGAUAUCCUCACCGAUGAUUAGCUCGCCGAGGUUAGGGAGAUCAGGCUCGUCUUAUUUCGCAUCAAGUUUAAAUCAGGCGGCUCCGGUGGGCACGUCCAUGGGAUCGUCUCCAUUUAGUGGACAAGCUUCGGGAACGGUGGGGAAUCUGACACCUUCGAGUAGUGCUGCUGGUGGUCCUGGCACACCCCCCUCAGCCAAUGCAGCCAUUCAGCGCUCUGUGCCAAGUAUCAAAGACUUUGACAUUAUCAAACCGAUAUCCAAAGGUGCAUUCGGUUCAGUUUACCUAGCCAAGAAACGCCUGACUGGAGACUAUUACGCUAUCAAAGUCCUCAAAAAGGCUGACAUGGUGGCUAAGAAUCAAGUGAUGAAUAUCAAAGCGGAACGGAUGAUUUUAACACAAUUGGACAGCCCGUUUGUUGUUAAACUGUACUUUUCGUUUCAAAGCCGAGACAAUCUUUAUCUUGUGAUGGAAUAUCUGAACGGAGGUGAUUGUGCUGCUCUCAUCAAAGCUGUGGGAUGUUUGGAUGAGAAGUGGGCUGGGCAAUACAUUGCGGAGGUGGUUUUGGGAUUGGAGUUUUUGCACAGCAGAGGGAUUGUUCAUCGGGAUUUGAAACCGGACAACCUUUUGAUUGAUCAAGAUGGUCACGUAAAAUUGACCGACUUUGGUCUCUCUAGGGUCGGAUUUCUUGGUCGUCGUGCGCGAGAUUCGUUCUUGAACCCUUCAUCAAAUUCCUCAUCCAACAACACAAACGCCCCCGGCAGUCCGAUAAUUGGUGCUGUCCCUACCUACCCAAUUUCCACUACCACCCCUACGACACCAACUUUCUCACCAUCUUCACCAUUCAAACUGGGGGAACAUCUGUAUGGGGUCUCAUCUCCGUAUGCGCUGGGACGGCAUAGUCGACGGAGCAGUGUCGCUAGUAAUGGCAGUAUGGGAAGUGAGAGAGAUGAGAUUGGAAGUUCUGGUAAGGUUUUUGUGGGUACACCCGAUUAUUUGGCUCCGGAAAGUAUUUUGGGCUUAGGGCAGGGAACCAGUGUUGAUUGGUGGGCUCUCGGUGUAAUUUUUUACGAAUUUCUCUUCGGGAUUCCCCCUUUCCACGCUGCAACACCGUCGCAAGUCUUUGAGAAUAUUCUUACCCGCCGUAUCGACUGGCACGAAGACGACUUCGAGCUAUCCCCAGAAGCACGCUGUUUGAUGGAAAGUCUAAUGUGCACCGACAUAGAGUCUCGUUUGGGAACCAAAGGUGCCUAUGAAGUGAAACGACAUGCCUUUUUCCGCGAAAUGGAUUGGUCCACCGUCAUGAAGGAGGAGGCAUCAUUCGUCCCCAAUACGAAGGGAAUGGAGGACACAGAUUACUUUGAUGAUCGAGGCAUUUUGGAAGCGGGUAUGGAUGUGGAUGAGGAUGAGGAGCACAAGGAACCCGCGUUGCAUAGUGAGAAGGAAACUGUGAGGCAUGAGCAUUUGGAGGUUCAUGAAGCGGCCGAUAACGCCGCUGCGACUCCUCCACGCUCCGAAGGGAAGAGUACAUCGCAUGUCCGGCAGGCGUCUCUCUCUUCGCUUCCUACGGAUCGAGACACAGGAUUGACAGAAUCUGCUCCUGAUUUUGGAGAGUUUGUUUAUAAGAACUUGCCCUUAUUGGAGAAAGCCAACAACGACUUGGUCCGCAGGUUACGAUCCGAGUCCCUGAGUGGCAGUGUCGGGGAUGUUGGGAGAUCGAGACAUCGCUCUUUGCCUGCGGGUGCGGCCAAUCUGGCUGGCUUCAGGUCCCUUGCCACAUUAACGAGUUCACCAGCACCUUCGCCUGCGACCCUAUCUCCGCCAACCGGGCCUCUGUUAGCACCUAAAGGUCGACUUCGAAAUCUUUCCUUCAGCGAAGCCCUCCCUCCUCCUGCACCGUAUUUGUAUCAUCCUCCAAUGCCCAGUCCGCCGCUUACUACAGCGGCUGGCGACACACCUAAAAUUUCGAAAGUUCGCCUUGAGGAACACGAGCUGCAGUCACGGAGGAAUUCACUGCCCAGCAGGCUCAGGGCAAGCAGUUUUGGAACUGGUGCUGGCAAUACUGCGGCGAAUUCUGGUGGUACUGUAGACACCACCCACCCAGGAGAGUAUUUGCAAAAUGCAAAAGAGCAGUUGAUGAAGGACAAGAAUGUACCACCAUUAUCCUCUAACGUGUCGUCAUCGUCCUUGUUACCAUCCCAUCGGCAACUGGAUGUUCUCAUUGCUGAUGAUAACCCCGUCUCGUUGCGGAUUCUGGAAAAGAUGUUGAGCAUGCUCGGUUGUCGAUGUGUGAUUGUACGGAAUGGGGCGGAAGCCAUUCGAUGUGCCCUUGGUGAAGUCAAGUUUGACGUUAUAUUUAUGGAUAUUCGGAUGCCUAUAGUGGAUGGCGAAACUGCCUCGCGCAUGAUCAAGUCCACAAACAACGUUAACCAAACUACACCAAUCGUGGCCAUCACUGCCUAUGAGCAGACCUUUCAGUUGAGUCAGGGGUUCGACGAUACCAUGUCCAAACCUGUUACAAAGGAUGUGCUGUGGAAGAUCUUGGUUGCGAUAGAGGGGCGUCGGGAAGCGAGUAUUAUAUGACAAUGAUUCUCAUGUGGGUUGCGAUGAUUUCGACCCAUUCGUACACAGGAUUGGCUUGUUUUGUUUUUUUCUUUUGUAGACUUUGCUUUGAUUUGUAUGAUAGUUUUCCCCUUUUAUUUUCGUCAUGUGUAAAGAUGACCUUGUAUACCCCAGAUCUUGUCCAUCUUGUUCAAAAAGAGUGCUGAUAUUGUGGUCUAUAGUAUACAUGAAAUAUCCACCAGAUCGCCUAAUCUUCCCAAUCCAUUGGUACGACGGGUGGUUCAGCAGCUAUGGGGCCAGACCGCACUGGUCCCAGCUGCUGCGACU